AUGGGGCAGGAUGCCUUGAUGGAGCCCUUCAGCAGCACAACUGGAGUCUUGCAGUGUAAAAUAUGUCUCCUUCUCCUAGCAGGUCAUUCAGGCUCUUGCUUGGGGCUGAAAGUGUCAGUACCAUCACAUACCGUCCAUGGUAUCAGGGGUCAGGCCCUCUACCUCCCAGUGCACUAUGGAUUCCACACUCCAGCAUCAGACAUCCAGAUCAUAUGGCUUUUUCAAAGACCUCAAACAAUACCCAAAUACCUACUGGGCUCUGUGAACAAGUCUGUGGUCCCUGACCUGGAAUACCAACACAAAUUUACUAUGAUGCCACCCAAUGCAUCUCUGCUCAUCAAUCCACUAGAAUUCACUGAUGAAGGCAAUUACAUCGUGAAGGUUAACAUCCAAGGAAAUGGAACUCUUUCAGCCAGUCAAAAUAUACAGGUCACUGUGGAUGAUCCUGUUACAAAACCAGUGGUACAGUCUCAACCUACCUCUGGGGCUGUGGAAUAUGUGGAAAAUAUGACCCUGACUUGUCUCGUGGAAAGAGGCACCCGACUACUUUACCAGUGGUUAAAAGAUGGGAGGCCUCUCCACACUACUGCUACCAAUUCCUUUUCUCCCCAAAACAAUACACUUCAUAUUUCUCCAGUCACCAAAGAAGACAUUGGGAAUUACAGUUGCCUCGUAAAGAAUCCAGUCAGUGAGGUGGAAAGUGACAUCAUUAUACCUACUAUAUAUUAUGGACCUUAUGGACUUCGAGUUAAUUCUGAUAAAGGACUAAAAGUAGGGGAAGUUUUUACUGUUGACAGUGGAGAAGCCGUCUUGUUUGAUUGUUCUGCUGACUCUUACCCUCCCAAUACCUACUCGUGGAUCCGAAGAACUGACAAUUCAACAUAUGUCAUUAAGUAUGGGCCUCAUUUGGAAGUUGCAUCUGAGAAAGUAGCCCAGAAGACAAUUGACUAUAUGUGCUGUGCUUACAACAAUGUAACUGGAAGGCAAGAUGAAACCCAUUUUACGGUCAUCAUUACAUCUACAGGACUUGAGAAGCUCUUACAAAAAGGGAAAUCCUUGUCACCUUUAGCAAGUAUAACUGGAAUAUCUCUGUUUUUGAUCAUAUCUAUGAGUUUUCUCUUCUUAUGGAAAAAAUAUCAACCCUACAAAGUUAUAACACAGAAGCUAAGAGGCAGGCCAGAAGAAGAAUACAGAAAAGCACAAACAUUUUCAGGCCAUGAAGAUGCUCUGGAUGACUUCGGAAUAUAUGAAUUUGUUGCUUUUCCAGAUGCAUCUGGUGUUCCCAGGAUGUCAAGUAGGUCUACUCCAGUCUCUAAUGGUUUAUCAGGGCAAGAGUUGAACAGCACAAUCUAUGAAGUUAUUCAGCACAUCCCUGCCCAGUAG